GUUCUGAUUAAAAUAUGGAAUACUCAUUGAUCAUGUAUUCCUAUGCAUUGAUCCUGCAAAAAAUGAAGGUCGUUGAACAGCUGAUAACGUUAUACAGAACAGCUGUGACUAUUCAUGUUCUUCGAAGCCGUAGCUGUCGGUUGACUCUAAAUAAGAGAGGUCACCGAUUAAGUAUGAUUCACACAUAGAGGUUAAUAUGUUAAUGAUUAUUAGUACGAUCACAUUACAGCUUUCAUCAACCGACAGAUGUAUUGAUGAUUUCAUCGGUCACUAUUGCUAUAACUACACACAUUAUCAACAUUUGUAUUAUUUUACUGGGCGGGAUUUCUUUCUUAUCAACACACAAUUCAAAGGUCAAAGUGUGGCAUGGGAUUCCCCUGAUAAUUAGCGGAUCAUUAUUCAGCUACUAUUUGCAUCAACCUAUAUCAGUUCUGUGUUGGCAGUCGGCUGAAGCAAACGUGCUUUUCGCGCUCGGUGAAAUUACACUUCACGAUGUGGUGGUUUAAGACACUGUGCCUGUUGGUGAUAACGUUGCUGAUUAAUGUUUGUCAUGGUAUCCUCAUCGUAGGUCCAAAGUUUAUCCGCGCUGGCCAAAGCUAUAAUCUAAUUGUGAGCAAUUUUGAAACACGUACGAACGAAGCGCAAGUACGCGUGAAAAUCGAAGGAACGUCUGACACUGGUCGGAAGCUACUUAACCUUAGUAAAUCCGCACGUUUGCAAUCUUUCACAAACACAGCAAUAAACUUCUCGCUACCCGAUAGUCUGUCCGCCGGAAGUUAUAAAAUAUCCAUCGAUGGUGAGAAUGGAUUUAAGCUGCACAAGGAAGCAUCUUUAACGCUGCUUAGCAGAUCGGUAACGGGGCUAAUUCAGCUGAACAAACCCAUCUUUAAACCCGGUGACGUAGUGCAGUUUCGUGCGAUAGUGUUGGAUGCGGAUCUGAAACCACCGGCAGGCGUUAACACCGCCCAUAUCACCGUCCACGAUCCGAACGGAAAUGUCAUUCGCAAGUGGGCCUCCGGCAAACUGCACGUCGGUGUGUUUGAGGCGGAACUGCAGGUCGCAACCGUGCCACUGUUCGGGGACUAUCAAAUCACCGUCCAAAUUGGGCCACACCAAAUCGCUGCCAAAACGUUCGAGGUGAAGGAGUACGUGCUGUCGUCGUUCGAUGUGGAAAUUGUACCGAGUAGCGUACCGCUGGAAAAACAUCAGCGGCUCGAUCUAACCAUUUUCGCGCAAUACUACGUUGGGAAGCCAGUGAGAGGUGUCGCUACCAUCUCACUGUAUUUGGAAGACGACAAGCUGGAUCAACGGCUGGUGGUGAACGUGUACGGCAAAGCAUCGGUACAACUUCAAUUUAGAGAUUAUUUCAACGUGCACGAAAACUCCCAGAACGUGCGUGUGAACGUCACAUUUACACAAGCCGAAACGAAUAAGACGAUUUAUAAAGAGCAAGAAAUAACUGUCUACAAGCAUCAGUAUCGGGUGGAACUCAUCAAAACACAGCCAGAAUUUCGUGCUGGAGUGCCAUUCCACUGUGCGGUACGGUUGCUGUAUCAGGACGGGAAACUCGCUCAAAGAACUGCGGCCCGUGUGACAGUUGAGGGAGUGGAUAAAGGUCACGAGACAGUAUACACCAGCGAUGAUGAGGGCAUGAUCAAACUAACGCUGCAACCCGAAAGGUCCUCAGACAUGAUCGACAUCAUCGUAACAAUUGAUGAUGUGAAUUUGCUUUACGAGCGAAUACAUAGACGAGAGGCGGGUAAAGCUUUCUUACAAAUGGAACUUAAAUCGGAACCUAAGGUAGGAAAAAUGCUCGACUUGAAAAUUACAUGCAACGAAGAAAUGCCCUUCUUCCUGUACUACGUUGUCGCGAAAGGAGACAUUGUGGCCUCGGGAUUCAUUCAGCUAAAGCAAGUCACUGCAUACACGCUUCAGAUAGCAGCAAUCGAUCGAAUGGUGCCAAGAGCUAAAAUUGUUGUAGCAACAGUGGUGAAAAAUGUAUUGCUUUACGACUUUCUAGAAGUGGACUAUAAGGAGUUUCUCAACAAUUUUAACAUCAAAAUUGAUACCAAACAAGUGAAACCGGGAGAACAACUUCAACUCAACAUGAAAGGUCGCCCCGGAGCUUAUGUAGCACUAGCGGCUUAUGACAAGAGUGUGCUCCAGUUCAGUACCGAACAUGACAUUUUCUGGCAAGAUAUUCUGGAUGUUUUCAAUGGAUUUCACACUCACCAGCGCAAUGAGUACGAUUUCUUUCAGAGUAUGGGACUUUUCGCACGCACAAUGGAAUACAUAAAUUUUGAAGCAGCAAGUGAUCGAUUACAACGUGCUGGUUACACUCUGUCUAAUAGAAGAAAAUCAAAUAAGUUGAUCUCCUUUAGAACCAACUUCCUUGAGUCUUGGUUGUGGAGAACGGCAGAAAUUGGUGCAUCAGGAAAUACUACGUUGAAGGAGACAGUUCCCGACACGACGACUGCCUGGCAUCUUACAGGAUUUUCAGUAGAUCCCGAAUAUGGUUUGGGUAUUAUAAAACAACCGAUUGAAUUCGUUACUGUACAAGAGUUUUACAUCGUGGAACACUUGCCGUACUCCAUCAAGCGUGGAGAAGCUGUUGCGCUACAGUUUAUAAUAUUCAGCAAUUACCGUCAAGGGUACAACGCAUCGGUUACACUGUUCAAUGUGGACAAUCAGACCGAAUUCAUAGGACAACCUGCUGAAGAUACAAGCUAUACCAAGACGGUUUCAGUAUCUUCAAGUACCGGUGUAACCGUUUCAUUCCCAAUAAAGGCCCGCAAACUUGGUGAGAUGACGAUACGAGUGAAGGCUUCAAUUAAACCUGCGACCGAUACGAUCGAGAGCGUCAUACGAGUCAUUCCGGAGAGUUUGGUGAAGCGAGAAAUGGAGUCACGAUUCUUCUGUCACAAUUCCUACACCAAUCAAUCCUUCACUAUAAGCUUAGACUUUGACAAGAAGGCAAACCAAGGAGAUAGGAGGAUAGAAUUCAUUCUCACACCAAACAUCCUUACCUCCGUAAUGGACAAUCUGGAAAGUCUUCUGUCUGUUCCAACGGGUUGCGGUGAGCAGAAUAUGAUGCGGCUCGUACCAAUUGUUCAGGUGCUUGAUUAUAUGACAUCGAUCGGCACUGUCAACCAAAAGCUAACCAACAAAGCGACCGGUCUGCUCAAGAUGGGCUACCAGAACCAGAUGCGAUUCCGACAGCCGGAUGGUUCAUUUGGGCUAUGGGAGAAAAGUGGCGGUGCUGUCUUUUUGACUGCAUUCGUUGGAAAAACUCUUGCCACGGCUGCUAAGUACAUAACCGAGAUAGAACCAGACAUGGUAAUGAAAGCGUACGAUUGGCUUGCCUCGCGUCAACAUGGCACGGGCCGUUUCGAUGAAACGGGUCCCAUUUUCCACAAAGACAUGCAGGGUGGAUUACGUCAGGGAAUUGCCUUAACGUCUUUCGUGUUAAUUUCGCUCCUGGAACACCCGAAAGCGGCCACCAAACAUGCCGCAGUUGUCGAGAAAGGAAUCAAAUAUGUGACCAAAUCGUUGGACAGUAUUGAAGAUUCGUACGAUCUUGCCAUCGCCACGUAUGCCUUGAUGCUGAAAAACAACCACACGGGGGAACGAUUUCUGGAGAAACUCAUCGGAAUGUCCACGGUGCAGCGUAAUGGAACGGAACGGUUCUGGCACCGGAAUGCCAACGGUAUCGAAACGACGGCCUACGCAUUGCUGUCCUUCGUGCUGGCAGAGAAGUACGUCGACGGUACGUCCAUCAUGCGCUGGCUGGUGAAACAACGCUACACACCGGGCAGCUUUCCCCGGACGCAGGACACCUUCGUCGGCCUAAAGGCACUUACCAAGCUGGCGGAAAAGAUUUCACCUGCCAGAAAUGAUUAUUCCGUCCAGCUGUGGCACUCCGGGCGAAAGAAGGAGUUCCGUAUCAACUCUCAGGACGUUGGAAAUCUUGAACAUGCCGAAGACGUUGAUGAUUCGCUCGAGAUGCAAAUACACGUGGCUGGCAUCGGGUUCGGGUUGCUUCAGGUGGCCUACGAGUAUGGUGUGGAUUUGCAAAAUUUCAACAACAGUUUUAAGCUCGAGCUGGAGAAAACCUUGUCCAAAUCCGGCGAACGGUUACAGCUGGAAGUGUGCUCCAGCUUCAUUCCGAUACUGUCGGAUGACCGGUCCAACAUGGUGCUGGUGGAGGUAAACUUCCCGAGUGGCUACACCGUUGAACGGGAACAUAUUACCGGCACAACCAAGCAUAAUCCCAUACAGAAAAUCGAGGUACGAUUCGGUGGAACGUCGGUGGCCAUCUACUACAACAACAUGGGUACGGAACGGAACUGUUUUACGACUAUUGCGUUUCGGCGGCAGAAGGUGGCACUCAAACGUCCGGCUUACGUUCUGGUGCAUGAUUAUUACGAUCCAAAAUUGAAUGCCGUCAAGAUGUACCAAGUGGACGAUGACGGUGUGUGUGAUGUUUGUGACGGGUACGAGUGCCCAACAGCGUGCAAAUACUGAGCCAGCUGUCAGGAGAAGGAAUCGGUAGCAUUAACCUGCAUGAGUGCCUUCAAUUUAAUCAUCUUUAGCCCAAUCAAUUUCUUGUCUACACUAUACCAUUAUUGUUGGCCGACGGGUGGAUUACGAACAUGAUGCGUUGAGGAACGUUUGAAGCAGCUCUUCAGAAUUUCAAUAGUGAUUUAAGCAGUUUGAAAUUUUUAAGUAAUUUAUAAGGUUCAACAUUUUUCAAGGU